AUGGUCAGACUCUGCCAGGAGCUGCUGCUCCUGGUGGCCACUGCGGCCCUUGUGUCCAGAAAAGUCCAAGCUGGGGGCUCUGCCAAGGUGGUGAGGCCAUUCCAGGACAUCCCCAAGAACUAUGUCUACGUGCAGCAGGCACUCUGGCAUGCCAUGAAAGAGUAUAACGAGGCCAGUGAAGACAAGUACAGCUUCAGGGUGGAGGAGGUCCUGAAGGCCCAGGAGCAGGUGACAGAUAGUUUGGAGUACUAUCUUGAAGUCAAAAUUUCCCGAACAAUGUGCAAGAAAGCUUCAGGAGAAAAUGAAAACUGCUUAUUUCAAACAAAUCCUCAAAUGCAAAAGAUGAUUUUUUGCACCUUUAUUGUUAGAUCCAAACCAUGGAAGUUUGAACUCACUGUCCUGAGGAAACAGUGCAGAGAUAUCUAGCCAUCUCCUACCGCAUUCUGCCACACUCACUUCCAUUUUAAAGAAGCAAAGACACUCACAAGAAAUUUGAACAACACAGUUGACCCACUGACUUCCUUUUUGUGGCCUUUCUACUUUUUUGUGUUCUUCAGGGGCUGAUACUGAGAAUGUGUGGUGUGUUUAACAGCAUUGGCAGCCUCUUCUAGCCAGUGACUUCACUUACUAGCAUGAACAACCUGCUACCAAUAAAUGGAAGCAGUUUCUACACCUCAGCAGACUCUGAGUGCAAAUUCCUUUUUGCUGACAGUUCUUUCUGAAUAACUGACCAGAGGACCCAGCCUUCAGUCACAUCCAGUAUCUGGGAACUUCCUGUAAGGCUCCAAGGUCCAGCUGCCUGUUCUC